AUGUUCCGGCAGAUUAUGAUUGCAGAGGAGGAUAGACAUUUACAGCAAAUACUUUGGCGUGAUCAUCCUCAUGAAGCACUUCGGACAUACGCUUUAGCCACAGUAACGUAUGGCACAACAUCGGCAUCUUUCAUGGCCACUCAAUGUCUUGUGGUGCUUGGAGAAGAAGCAAAGAAAAGUAGCGCCAAGAUUUCGGAAGUCAUCUUGCGUGACUUUUACAUGGACGAUCUGAUGACUGGUUGUGACACUGAGGAGGAAUGUAUGCAAUUACAUGAGGGCAUAGCCAGAAUCCUGAACUCAGCAAAAUUACCACUACGUAAAUGGUGCUCCAAUUCGCCAUCAAUUGUCGCGAGGAUAGGCAAAAAUCCAGAUGAUGCUCUUUUUAUUCUAGAUCUAGGAGACGGCGAUAUUAUAAAAUCCUUAGGGCUUGGUUGGCAGCCUUUUGUUGAUCAAUUCAGGUUCAGUAUCGCGAUUCUUGCAGACAGAGCAAAUCUUACCAAAAGAAAGCUAUUAUCGGACUUGAACAAAGUAUUUGAUCCAUUAGGAUUCUUGGGUCCCGUACUAAUUACAGGAAAAAUAUUCCUUCAACAGUUGUGGCAAUUAAAAAUAAACUGGGAUGAAGAACUAGAAGUGGAUAUUCAAGAAAAGUGGAAGGCUUACUAUGCUGGAUUAGAAUCACUAAAACGUCUUACCAUCCCUCGAAAAUGCAAACCUCAGCCGAGUGACAAAGUCGAAGUGCACGGAUUUUGUGAUGCAUCGAUGGAGGCAUAUGGAGCAUGUAUGUACAUACGAAGUCUAGAUAACUCUAGUAAAUGGCACUCUCGUUUUUUAUGCUCGAAAUCAAGAGUGGCUCCAUUGAAGGGAGCUACUAUCCCACGACUUGAGUUAAGUGGUGCGCUUCUUUUAGCGCAACUAGCGACAAAGGUAGCAGAUUCAUGGGGCAUAGACAAGGCAACCAUUUACUUGUGGACUGAUUCGACGAUAGUGUUAGGUUGGCUUAAUAGUCACUCCUCAAGAUUAAAAACAUUUGUAGCGAAUCGAGUGAAUCAAAUAUUAGAACUAACAGAAGUAAAUCAAUGGCGACAUGUACGUACUCAUGACAACCCUGCCGAUAUCAUAUCUCGAGGCAUAAGUCCGGCAGAAUUGAUCAGAGCAGACAUCUGGUGGAGCGGACCCAAAUGGUUGGAGGAAGAUAAUGCAAGUUGGCAAAUUCAACCCAUGUUAAUGAACGACGUAGAAGAGCUACCUGAAAUUCGCAAGAUGAAGCUGGCGUUAAUAACAACCAAUCCAGUGACUCAUAUGAUCAACCAAUAUUCGGAAUGGAACCGCAUGCUUCGAGGAAUCGCCUGGUUAAGAAGGUAUACAAGGUACAUCAAAGGAGAUAAAGGUUGCAGAGAGCCCCGGCAGCUCCAGAUAUCAGACCUGAGAGAGGCUAAGUUAACGCUAUUAAGAAUAGUUCAACAAGAAGUGUUUCGUAAAGAGUUCAUAGCACUGGAAAGGGGACAGGAAGUUCCAAAAAAUAGUAAGUUGCGGUGCUUGAAUCCAUUUAUAAAAAAUGGGUUGAUAUUAGUGGGCGGAAGAUUGCAAAACUCAAACAUCACUGAAAACCGCAAACAUCCCAUCGUUCUUCCUUCAUUUCAUAAGGUCACAAUUAUGAUUUUUGAAUCCUACCAUCGCGAGCUUCUUCACAUUGGCCCUCAAACAUUGUUAUCUGAAGUGAGACGUCAAUAUUGGCCUUUACUGGGUAGAGCAAAUGCACAAACAGUAGUACGACGUUGUAUCAAGUGCAUAAGAGCUUGUCCGCGAUUUGAUCAACCACUAAUGGCAGUUCUUCCGAAGGAUCGUCUUCAAUAUGCGAGGCCGUUCACGACCACGGGUGUUGACUUUGCUGGGCCUUUUUACGUACGUAGUGGUUUAAGACGAGUUCCCGCAAAAAAGGCGUGGAUUUCCAUAUUCGUUUGUUUUUCUACAAAGGCUAUGCAUUUGGAACUGGCUGAAGAUCUCUUUGCUGCUUCAUUUCUAGCUGUUCUGCGCUGUUUCAUGGCCCGACGAGGAAAAUGUGCCAAAAUCUACAGUGACAAUGGCACAAAUUUUGUGGGAACUCAGAAGGAACUCGUAUCAAUGAUGAGAAAAGCUAGUGAUCAAAUUGCAAAGGAAGGUAUCGAAUGGCACUUUAAUCCUCCCUCAGCGCCACAUUUUGGAGGUCUGUGGGAGAGUGCGGUAAAGAGCACUAAACAUCACUUAAAACGAGUAAUGGGAGAGCACAAGCUUACAAGCACAGAGCUGCGAACUCUCCUUUGUCAAAUAGAAGCUUGCUUAAACUCAAGACCGAUUACGCCGCUUAGCAGUGACCCGUCCGAGAUUGAAGCCUUAACACCGUCUCACUUUCUAAUUGGAGGUCCAAUGAUGAUUCCAGAUGAACCAGACAUCUCUGGGGAACCGUCAAGUGGCCUUAAGCGUUGGAAGUUGGUUCAGAACCUCAUGCAAACCUUUUGGAAUAGAUGGUCAAAGGAGUACCUUCCACAAGUACAACCUCGCGGAAAGUGGACCAGUAAAGGAACGCAAUUAAAAAAGGGAGAUGUGGUGAUUAUCAAGGACGACUGCCUACCUCCCACCAAAUGGAAGUUAGGCUUAGUGACCGAAACUCAUCCUGGAGUGGAUGGAUUGGUACGAGUAGUGACGCUAAGGACAGCAACUGGAGCUCAAAUGCGUCGGCCAACCGUUAAGUUGUGCCGCUUACCAGUACAUGAGGAGAAUAAGUUAGUUGAAGACCAGCAGGCUUCAACGGGGGGAGAAUGUUAA